AUGCCAUACACUGCGCCGUUGAAGCCGUUGCUCUCCGUGCAGCACAUAGAAUAUUGUGGCCCCUGUCCUGAACCUCGUCCCGAGCGACCUGGUUUGGCUCGUUCAUCGUCGGGGCGCCUCCAGAAUUCCCGCUCCUACUCCUCCACCUCGUAUGUCCGCCGCCACCGGAGGAGCCCAUCCAUCUGCAAAUCAACCGACCAUCCCGCUUCGGAUCCCGUCUCGCGAUUGUCCCCCUCCAUUGAUCCUCAUGCCAGUCUUCGUCAAUCUCCUCCACCUCUAAACAAUGCUACGAUUCCUCCCGGGGCGGUAAUCUCGCCGCCCGAGUCUGCACCGAACUCGAGUGACGAGGAGUCGCCAUAUCAAACCGAAGGAAUUACACCGGAGGAGCUCGAAGCUGCAGUAAGGUCGAUCGAACAGGAAAAGGAAAGAUCCCCGGAAAGAAUGGACCCAGUCGAGCAGCUGGGAACCGAGGCCCCAUCCUCAUCAAGUGGGUCGCCACUAAAAUUGGAGCCCAAGCCCACUCACUUGCCGCUGUCCAAAGGGGCGCGCAAGGUGGCCCACUCGCGGUCGGCCACCGAAACCGCCAUUACAUGGAAGCGCGAAGAGGCAUUGACGAGUUCCCCCGAGGAUAGCGAUGUGGAACAUUCUCCCAAGCCACCGAUGGUUCGCAAGAAGUCCGGCGAGCUUGUCCGGCCUGCUCUCCGGCCCGCUUCCGCACGGCGGCGGCCGUCUAGUAUGCCGGGGACCCCGGUCUAUGCAAAGGCGGUACACUUUGAUUCGCAGCUGGAACAUAUCCGCCAUUUCUUGCAGCUGGAUCGGCCUUUGGCAGUGAGCGCCGAAACAUCUCCGGUUGAUAGCCAUGACGCCGAUUGUGAGUUUCCAUUCGGUCGAAACUUUGAGCAGCGUGCGCCGGAGUGGGAGUGGGAGGUUCGGCUGGCCAAUUUCCCCAAGGAUACGCCAUCUCGCGCCACCCUUCCUGUUCGUCUGGAACGAUUGUUCCUGUCGCCUGACAAAAAGACCUUGAUUGGAAAUGUGGCCGUGGCGAACCUCGCUUUCCAGAAGCAUGUGGCAGCUCGUUUUACCUUUGACUAUUGGAGAACGGUGUCGGAAGUGACCGCGUCAUUCUGUCAUGAUAUUCGUCGCAAGCAGGUCCACGAUGGAUACGACCGGUUUUCUUUUGAGAUCAAACUGAAUGACCACGCCUAUCUCGAGCGCAAGACUAUGUCUGUUUGUGUCCGGUACAGUGUGAAUGGCCAGGAAUUUUGGGACAACAACAACUCGAUGAACUACCAGGUCGAUUUCUUCAAAUCUCCCAAGACGGCCCCGAGCAAGCCAUCGGGCGGGUCGCGGCCCUCUGUUCCUCGCAGUCGCAGUUUCACGGGCUCUCACCUCUCGCGCCCACAUUCCACGCCACCUCCGCCCUUCGACGAUUUCCCGGAAACCGGUGGCAAGGUUGCAUUUACUAACCCAUUCGCCGCUGUCAAUGGCGCACCCUUGGCCCGGGCAUCGUCCGAUGAUAUCGACACGAUCGCUCCGCCAAAACCCCGGGAGAAGCCAAGUCCUCAGGCAUUCGGGAACCGGUAUGACUUUGGUGCAUCUUUGUCUGCGGCCAUGCGCACCAAGCCUCCGGUUGAUCGGACUACCUUGACUGCCCGUGCGAGGUCUGGAAGGGCCCCGGAGGCUGAUAUCACCCAGGCAUCCGAGACAAGCCCAUCUAUGGGGCUGCGUCCAACAUCUCCAGUGAGCGAUGACAUCCGCGAUGCAAGUCGUGUGGAAGAUUUGAAGCCUUCCUCAUUCGUGUCUAGCAAGCCGCGUCUCGAGUCUUCGGUGUACAAAGAGCUGGUCGAUAAAUACUGCUUUGUGGGUGCCUUGGCCACCUCGAGUCAGAACACUUCACUAACAUGCUCACAGUAUGGCUCCCCCAAUGGUUCGAACCUGAAGCAGUCGAAUGCGACGACAGGUGCAAGUGACAGAGGCCUUUCGAGGCAGUCUGCCUCAGGAUCUCCCUCGCCACCUCUCUCCCCGCGCUCUCCUGCUCCUCUCGAACCACCUUCGGCUGAGCCAACUCGCGAACCCCGUCAUUCGCCCAUGUCGCCGCCUCCUCACAGCCCGCGGACUUCUCCUCGCACCUCCCCUUCACCAAUGUCUUUCCGCUUUCCUUUCCAUGAUUUCAUGAACGACUCCCAGUCGUCGACAGUCAUUAGAGGGUGA